AUGGACUGCUCCUCUCUGGUGACCAGGGCUAUGGAGAAGUGCUUCAACCAAGAGGGUGAUCUGCAGCUUGUGGUGGUAAGCAAUGGCUCCGCAAAAGCAGAGUUCCGUGUUUACUCCGCCUUUCUCAGCGCCUGGUCGCCGGCGCUGGCUGAGCAGGUGAUGCAGGGCCUAAGGUGGGAGGUGCCCAACUUCUCAGUGGCAGCUGUGGAGGGCUUCUUGAGGUUCUUGUACUCUGGGCGCAUGCCCUCGAACUUGGUGGUUGCAACGGAGUCGUCACUGAUGGCCGAGCGCUAUGGGGUGCUGGAGUGCAGCCAAGUCUGCGAGGACCUUUUGCAAAACGGUGCUGCCACCCCACGCGACGUAUACGCCAUGCUGGAGGUGGCGCAUCGCUUCCCGGACGUGGGCAACAGCCUGCGAAGUGCGUGCCUUCAUGCCCUGCUGGCAGACCCGGAGCAGAGCCUCCGGGAGGCUUGGACGCUGAAUUCACGGCUGCUAGAGGAGUUGCUGCCGCUGGCCAGCAACGAUAUUGGAGAUUUUGAAUUGGCGAAGAUGAUCAUCUCCUGGCAGGAGCAGAACCCGCACCAGAACUUCGCAGAUUUGCUCCAGGAGCACGUGACCUUUGGGGGCUUCAAUGAGGAGCGCUUCCAAGAGAUCCGCUACCAUGCGGAGAGCGUAGGCCUGGCCUUUGUGGUGGAUCAGAUGUGGGCCCAGGCGCAGGCCUCCGCAGGACAGUGGACGCCUGAUAUUUUCAAGUAUUUGGAGUCCAAGUGGCAGGUUCAGUGUGAAGAGCAUCGGCGCCACAUGCCGUUUCUCGGGUGCUGGCUCAAUUUGAUCCCCAGCAGCCUUGGAUGGAGGCCGCCCUACCACCCGCACGGGCCACACAGGGGGCAGGAGGAGGUGGCGCGAAACGUGCUGAAAUUGGAGCUGCAGCCAGGCGAAUCUAUGACCUGGUUCCUGCCCAUCCACAGCAUCCACGUGAGCGGCAUCAACUUCAGCGAGCCGGUGGCCAGCGUUCACGAGGGCAGCGCUUGCGUGGAGAUUUUCAGCUCUUUGAAUGGCUGCACCUGGGAGCUUCUGUGGUCGUCUGCCCGGAGCAACCUGUCCUGUCGUACCAAGGAGCGCGUACGCUGGUUCAAGUUGAGCGCGAAGAGCAUCCCCUUUGUGAGCCAAGUGCAGAUCCAGGGUGUUGUGCAUGCUGGCUGA